CCCCAGCAAUGCCUCCUCAAAAUAUCCAGAUAAAUGCACUCUCUGCAAGCCAACUGGAAGUCACCUGGGAUCCUCCUCCUGUUGACAGCCAGAAUGGGAACAUACAAGGCUACAAGGUUUAUUACUGGGAAGAGGACAGCCGGAACGACACGGAAAAAGUGAAGGUCCUUUUCCUCCCAGAGACAAGUGUCCGGUUGAAGAACUUGACCAGUUACUCCAAAUAUUUGGUCUGUAUUUCUGCGUUCAAUGCAGCUGGAGAUGGGCCCAAAAGUAGUCCUGGUCAGGGCAGAACACACCAGGCAGCUCCCGGGGCUCCCAGCUUCUUGGCUUUCUCUGAGAUCACAUGCUCUACUCUCAAUGUCUCCUGGGGGGAGCCUGCUGCAGCCAAUGGCAUUCUGCAGGGAUACCGAGUGAUCUAUGAGCCUUUGGCCCCAGUUCAAGGGGUGAGCAAAGUAGUGACUGUGGACAUCAAGGGGAAUUGGCAGCGCUGGCUAAAGGUCCGGGACCUCACCAAGGGAAUGACCUACUUGUUCCGGGUCCAGGCCAAGACCAUCACCUAUGGGCCUGAACUGCAAGCCAACAUCACAGCGGGGCCAGCAGAGGGAUCGCCCGGUUCCCCUCAGCAUGUUCUGGUUUCGAAAACAGCCUCUGGACUGACUUUGUACUGGACAGAAGGGAUCUCUGGAGAGAAGCCCACCACCGGCUACAUCAUAGAAACCAGACCUUCAG